GCACUGCUUCAGAGCAAAGAAAUAUCCUGUAGUGACUGCAUCUUUCCUUGUACAGAAGCCAGUGAUCUACAUCCAGCAAAAGGAAUGGGGGAAAGCAGCACCAGUGCAGGGUUUCUGGCCCUAAACAUCUCAGCCUCCACAAUGGCACUCACAACAACAAAUCCAAUGGACGAAACCAUCCCUGGAAGUACCAGCAUCAAGAUUCUGAUCCCAAACUUGAUGAUCAUCAUCUUUGGACUGGUCGGGCUGACAGGAAACGCCAUUGUGUUCUGGCUCCUGGGCUUCCACUUGCGCAGGAAUGCCUUCUCAGUCUACAUCCUAAACUUGGCCCUGGCUGACUUCCUCUUCCUCCUCUGUCGCAUCAUAGCUUCCACGCAGAAACUUCUCACGUUCUCCUCACCCAACAUUACCUUUCUCAUUUGCCUUUACACCUUCAGGGUGAUUCUCUACAUCGCAGGCCUGAGCAUGCUCACUGCCAUCAGCAUUGAGCGCUGCCUGUCUGUCCUGUGCCCCAUCUGGUAUCGCUGCCACCGCCCAGAACACACAUCAACUGUCAUGUGUGCUGCAAUCUGGGUCCUGUCCCUGUUGAUCUGCAUUCUGAAUAGGUAUUUCUGCGGUUUCUUAGAUACCAAAUAUGUAAAUGACUAUGGGUGUAUGGCAUCAAAUUUCUUUAAUGCUGCAUACCUGAUGUUUUUGUUUGUAGUCCUCUGUGUGUCCAGCCUGGCUCUGCUGGCCAGGUUGUUCUGUGGCACUGGGCGGAUGAAGCUUACCAGAUUGUACGUGACCAUCAUGCUGACCAUUUUGGUUUUUCUCCUCUGCGGGUUGCCCUGUGGCUUAUACUGGUUCCUGUUAUUCUGGAUUAAGAAUGGUUUUGCUGUAUUUGAUUUUAACUUUUAUCUAGCAUCAACUGUCCUGAGUGCUAUUAAUAGCUCUGCCAACCCCAUCAUUUACUUCUUCGUGGGCUCAUUCAGGCAUCGGUUGAAGCACCAGACCCUCAAAAUGGUUCUCCAGAGUGCACUGCAGGAUACUCCUGAGACAGCUGAAAACAUGGUGGAGAUGUCAAGAAGCAAAGCAGAGCCGUGA